GCGUCACUUUGACGGCUGUGCACAAAAUAGUACAAAGCUAUAAUUUUUGUGGCAUAUUGGUCAUUUAGAUUCCUUAAAUAAUAUGGCAAAGUUGGUGAUGAUGGAGAGCCACAAUGAUGCUGUCCUUAUAUUCAUAACUGGUAAGGAAGAAGAAGUAACCAAGAAACUGCGUUCUGUCUCCUUGCUUCACAGAACUGCAUGCGCCCUCUCUUUUUCUCAGAACCUUCGUUUUUUUCUUCUUCUCUUCAAUUUUUUUAGUCUGGCCAUGGAGAUGAGUGGUAGCAGCAGCAAGAAGAGGAAGCUAAUUUGCUGCGAAGACGACGACGAAGCCCAAAUGGAGACGUUCUUCGCUUUGGUGAGAAACAUCCGCGAGGCACGUGAUCGAUGGAUGGGUUUGAAGUCGGGUGACAGAAGGAGCAAGAGGGGUGAGAUUAUGAGUAAGGAAGAAAAUAGUAGGGUUGGGGUUUGGAAACCAACGUUUCAGGUUGAGGAUUUCGCUUAUGAGGAAGCUGAGCAACGAAAAUCAGGUUCAGAGCCUAGUGCUUCUCAGAGGGAAAACUGUGAAAAGAAAGAGGGUGCAGAAAAGGGUAUUGAUCUGAGUCUUUCGCUUUGAGAACUUGUGUUUUCUUGAUCAUGUCUGAAACCUAUAAAGGGGUGUCUUAUCUCUCUAACCUCAUUUGUAGAUUUGUGGUUAUUAGUUAAUGUGGUUUUUGCUUUUCUCCUCUACUGUAUUUCGAACUUAAUAAUAAUGGUGCCUUUUCACUUC